AUGAAGAGAUACGACCGAGUCCAAUCUGCAGGCAUGCCUCAGCCUCUUCAUGCCUGCGACACGGUCUACUACUACUACUACUACUACUACUACUACUACUACUACUACCCAGAACAUGCGAUAUCUAGGCACCAAGCUAUUGCAACCGAAGACUUCCGUCGGAAACAGCAGAAUGGGAAGGGCAAUCCAAAGACAGAUGUAUUCUAUUAA